GAGGCUCCAUUCUCCAGCCAAAGCUCCUAGCAAACACAUCCCACCUUGUGCGAAAGUCUGCCAGGCGCGGGAUCCUCCGCCGGGGGAAGGAGGGGAGGGGGCUCCUGGCGGCCGCGGCUCACAGGACCCGGGGAUUGCUACUCCGCUUUGAACUUAAAUGAACUAGCCCCGGACUUGGAGGAGGAGGAGGAGGAGGAGGAGGAAGAGGAGGGGAGCCGCAUCCGUCCUGUGCUUCUCCUGCUGCUGCUGCUGCUGUUGCUGCUUCAUCGCCGCCCUCACCAUCCUCACCUUGCUUCAGCCCAGCCCUCGCCUCCAGUCCCCGGUCGCCUGGGAUGAUCUGAGCGCUUUCCCCCGCGCGCUCCAGCCAUGAAAUCCACCUGCCCCCCUGCGCCUGCCCCUCGCUGCCGCGGACUCUGCUGACCCGCGCCCCGGCUCCGCUCGCCGUGCCCGGGCUCGCCGCUGCCCCGGCCCCCCGGAAAGUACUUUGCUCCCCGCGCUCCCGGGCAGGGGGCGAGAGCUCGGCCCCGCGCCCGCGCCCUUCCUCUCCGCCCCUCUCCUCUCCGCCCCUCUCCUCUCCGUGUUUGUUUGUUUGUUGUUUUUUCUCCCCUAAGUCCUGAAGUUGAGUUUUAGAGGCGACACGGCGGCUUCAGCCGACUUCUUCCCCUUCCUUUGCCUCCCCAUGGAUAUGCACUGCAAGGCAGACCCCUUCUCGGCAAUGCACCCAGGACACGGGGGUGUGAACCAGCUCGGGGGGGUGUUUGUGAACGGCAGGCCCCUACCUGACGUGGUGAGACAAAGGAUCGUGGAGCUGGCUCACCAGGGGGUGCGACCCUGUGACAUUUCCAGGCAGCUGCGGGUCAGCCACGGCUGCGUCAGCAAGAUCCUGGGCAGGUACUACGAGACCGGCAGCAUCAAGCCCGGCGUGAUCGGCGGCUCCAAGCCCAAAGUGGCGACGCCCAAAGUGGUGGAUAAGAUCGCCGAGUACAAGCGGCAGAACCCCACCAUGUUCGCCUGGGAGAUCCGCGACCGGCUCCUGGCCGAGGGCAUCUGCGACAACGACACGGUCCCCAGCGUCUCCUCCAUCAACAGGAUCAUCCGAACCAAAGUCCAGCAGCCUUUCCACCCAACGCCAGAUGGGAGUGGAACAGGAGUGACAGCACCAGGACAUACUAUAGUUCCCAGUACAGCAUCCCCUCCCGUCUCCAGUGCCUCCAAUGAUCCAGUGGGCUCUUACUCCAUUAACGGGAUCCUGGGGAUUCCUCGGUCGAAUGGCGAGAAGAGGAAACGUGAUGAAGAUGUAUCUGAGGGCUCAGUUCCCAAUGGAGACUCCCAGAGCAGUGUGGACAGUUUGCGAAAGCACCUUCGUGCUGACACUUUCACCCAACAGCAGCUGGAAGCUUUAGACCGAGUCUUUGAACGUCCUUCUUACCCUGACGUCUUCCAAACAUCAGAGCACAUCAAAUCUGAGCAGGGUAAUGAGUACUCCCUCCCAGCUCUGACCCCUGGUCUUGAUGAAGUCAAAUCAAGUCUAUCCACCUCUGCUAACCCAGACCUGGGGACCAACGUGUCAGGACCCCAGACGUACCCUGUGGUGACUGAAAACCUCUCCUCUCCCCUCAGUAUAAAGCAAGAGCCUCAUGGAGCCUCUCUCGCCCCUUUCACCCCCACCAUGCUGGCUGGCCCGGGGCAGGCUGACCUUCAGCCCUUCCACAUGACCCUUUCAGAUGAUGCAUCCACGCCUUGCUACAGUGCCUUCCUUCAUCAUGGCUCCCCCUUUGGGCAGUCUACCACCCAACCUCUGAUAGCAGGUCGUGAUAUGGCAAGUACCACCUUACCUGGUUACCCACCCCACGUUCCUCCCACUGGACAAGGCAGCUACCCAACCUCAACUCUCGCAGGAAUGGUACCUGGGAGCGAGUUCUCAGGGAACCCAUACAGCCACCCUCAGUACACGACUUACAAUGAGGCCUGGCGAUUCAGCAACCCCGCAUUACUAAGUUCCCCUUAUUAUUAUAGUGCCACAUCCCGGGGCUCCGCACCUCCCACUGCUGCCGCUGCCUAUGACCGCCACUAGUUACCAUGGAAACCACAUGAAACUGCAGGGCGACAGCUUAGGCCUCCAUAUUGUACCUGUCUGAUCAACCUUCUCCAUCCCUGGGAAGGGUGAAGAGAACUUCUCCGUUCCUCCCUACCUUCUGCACCCUCCCCUUUGCUGCAGAAUGCGCCUUAUCCAAGCGCUCACAACAACAGACUGAACAGUACGUGUCCCCUGCACUUCCCUGCGCUCCAACCCAACUGCUUUCAUGGACAAUGGGAAGGGCCUGUCCACAGCUCAGUGGCUGCUACAAGCCUUCAGACCACCUCAGCCAUGCAAGGUCUGCCUGACUAAGGGGAAUUCAAGCAAUGCAGCCUGCAAGCUUUGCCUAUAGGGGACCCCAUUCUCCUAGGAGUGGAACAGGCAGGAUGAGGCAGAGAAGAAGCCACCUGCAAAACACUGUUCCCAAAAGAAACUCUCUUCUCUGGUGGACACUUCAAAACUCUAAAAAAAAGGCCCUGUUGAUGACAGCUCUGUUUUGGAAGACAGAGGGGAUGUUUGGCUAGAGUGGAGAGGGCAGCACAAAGAGAGGUGACCUGUCUAACAAUGAAGGAAAGGACCAAAUGACUCCCUGCAUCCCCCAAGGGUCUCUCUGUGUGCCUCAUUCCCACUCUUCUCCUUCAUGUCUUGGCUUCCCCCAUGGUUCCAUUUGAAAGCUGACUCUAGCGUGUUGUGACCUUGCAGGCCAGAGUUGGGUUGACAUACACGCGCCUAAACACACACAUAAUUUCUGUGACACACAAUCAGCUUGGCCAGGAGGAUGAAGCAACAUCAACAAACCAACCACCCAACUGAUGAAAUGAAGAAAUAUAUAAAUAGAUAUAUAAAUAUAACUGUGUUUUUAUGCUUUGUCAUGAAGGUCUGUAAAAAGGAAAAAAAAAAACAAAUCCCCAAUUUUCUAAAAAAAAAACCCCCAACAAAAAAGCAAAAUAAAAAGCCCCUACAAAUAUAAACCCCAGUCCCCCCACCUGAAUGGCAGACAAGUUCCUCUGAUGUUUGAUGCUCCCCUUUCACUCUUGCGUUUCGUUUCCUUUCUGUUUUGCACUAGAAUGUGAUGGUGGUAUGAAAGAGGAUGGGAUGCCAGCUCCACUCUCCAUGGCCUCCUCUACUCCCUCACCCACAAAUCGUUCUCUGGGGAACAGUGUGAACAAUUCAUAUCUGGAAAAAAAUUACUGAAUCAGCCCAUCAGCAGAAACCCCCAAACAAACAUUCUCCAGGCCAGUAUUCAGCAAACAGAAACCAAGUCCAGGCACUUGCUCUUACCAUGCUUGUGGUGAAAAGGAAAGUGUUGGGUUUCAUGCAAGCCCACUUGCUUUCCUGCCAGUGGAGAUGGACAAAUUCAGGACUGAUUAGGAUUGGUACUUGGUUCCUUAGCUUUUGGCUCUCAUGCUUUCAUAUGUAAUCGCUAUACCCACUCCUAGUUCAGUUAGCCUGACAUCCUGACACCCACUGUUCACAUCCCCAGAUCCUGAUGCCCCUGACAUCAUUUAGCUGUGGCCUACACCCAGUACCUAAAUCUCUGUAACCUAAUCUCUACACUAGUUAUCUGUAAACCUACACCUUACCAGCAACCCAUAUCCCAUGCUCCCUCCCCCCUGCACCCUCAACCUAUAUUGCACACGCUAAUAUUUACCCCUUGAUCCCUGAACACUCUCCUAAGGGUAGUCUUUUUAGUUCCCAAGUGACUGGCAAGCACUGCUCUGUGAAAGGCUCAUUGCCAGUAGAAAUGUUUAUUGCUCCUUUAUCGUCUGGAAACUCAUAUGCUCCUGUUCUUUGCACUGCUGCUUUCAAAAACUACACAAAGAAAAGCUGUAGACAACUACAGCCUGUCUCCCUGGCAUCAAGUCUGCAAAAGUAGAUCCUUAUUGUUAUUUUAGAAAGAUUUUGAGUAAGACAAGGGGCUGCCGUUUAUGAACAAAGGCAGGACUGAGAGGCAAACUACCGAGCAGGUAAAGAUGAACCAUGGAGCAUCUAGGCAACCAGAGUUGUGUAUAAAACCCCUGUUCUCAGCCUCUGUAUGUGGUGUGGCUGUGGAUGCAGCUUUCUGGCUGCAGGUUUAAGCUGUUUUUGUGAAAAAUCCAGUCUCAGUAGAAGGAUCCCAUUUACCCAGCACUGCCUCAGAGUACAGCUGAAUAGAAGAGCUCUGUGUGUUCUCAGGUAGAGUCACCUAAGAUUGGUUUUCUUUACACAAGCGAGAAGGGCCUAAAGUUGUUCUUAGUCCCACCAGGAUUAUCUCUAGUAACUCCAGUCGAGUCACGGGAGUUACUCUCAGAUGUACUAAGUCAAUGGUGUCACUCCAGAGCUGUUAUUCUGGAUCCACUAAGGCUGAUAGAGUUUAUCCAGAUCAAAGUCAGUGCCACUGGGACUAGAAUUUGGUCCUUUGUCUCAUUCUAUCUUAAAUGAAAAAGAAACACAGGUUGGUCAUUGCUAGGACCCCCCUCCCCUCCUCCUCCCCAUCCCUGCACCUUCAUAAAUUCUACACACAUCCAGGGUACAGAUGGACUCCAACUAGUAUGUAUCCAAUACAGCUUCAGUUUUCCCUGCUCCAAGUCCAGCUGCACCCAGCACCUGGUCAAGGCCAGAAGCAACAAAUCCCAAGCCUAAUAACCAGAAUACCCUGAUGGGGCUAGAAAACAGGAGGCAGAGCCAUCUCACACUGGGCAACUGGAAGCCCAGGAAGUCACCUCCAGAGAAGCUGGUCGCUGAGAAAGAUCUGUUCAAAUGACAGCCAUUCACUAGCCUUGAGAUAGAAGGGAGGGUAAGAAAGCAGGAUUUGGUUGGUUCACUCACCAAAGCUGGCUUGAUUCAAGCUGGCUUGAUUCACUAUUGGUGUAUAACUCCACUUACAUGGAGAUUUCCACUGGGCACUAGUUUGGCCUGGCAAGCCUGUAAGAUCUGCGAGAUGUUUGAUCAGGAAAGCAAGAGGAAAGUAUAAUUAUGCAAAGGACCUGGCAGCUUUAUCCUCUUCCACCACCUCUUCUGUAGAGCCCCAUGCGAAUGUACUGAAUUACAUUUGCCAAAGAGUUUCUUGUGUUGGUUGUUUUGAUUUACAGUCGGUGGAUGCAUUGUAAAGCAGUAUUAUAGCUAAAGUCUAGUAGCUGACACGGGGAUUUAUGUGGUGAUAUUAUGCAGAAGAAAACCAUCAAUAUUCAUAUAGAUUCCAUUAGACUGGACUAUGCAGGAAACGCAAAAAUUCUACCAAUUAUUUAAUAUUAUGUUAUUUGCAAAAACAAUUGCUGCUUUGUAGGAAGAUAAUGUGUGUAAUGUGAAGGCAAUUCCUCUUGUAUAUAAGUUCAUCUCCAUCUUCAUCAUGGUAGUUAUUAAAACAGCCUCGUCUCAUCCUGUAGAUAAGGAACGCUCUGUCUGUACUGUGCAAGUCUCGUUGUGCUCACUGAAAACAAAACUAUGUGUUCAAUAAAGCACAGCACGAACCCAGAACCUGAGGGAACAGCCGAACCUUGGAAGGACUCCUUCCCUGAGAGCCUGACCGUUGGUUUAUUUUAGGUGAAUUUUUUUUUCAUUUUUCUUAAAAAAAUUUACCGGAAAAAACAAACAAAAAAAGUUUGGAAGGAAACAAAUCACUAUGCAAAAUCUGCCGCUGCAUUCCAUGCCUCUCUCCUCCAUGCUGCUUUCUCUUCUUUCCCUGCUCACCUUUAUUUCUCUCUCCUCCUGUCCAGCUCUUCUCUUUCUCUCUUAACUUUUAUGUCUCUCUCUUUUACUUCAUUUCAAGCCAUUUUGGAGAGGGAGGCAGUGUUUCCAAUGGUCAGAGCAGGUGAAUAGGAAUUGGGACUCUUGAGUUCUCUUCUUGGCACUGGCAACAUUCAUCAAGUCACUUCACUGCCCUGUGCCUCUCAAUCCCCCAUCUGUAAAAUGGGAAUUUGUUCAUCAGGGUGGUGUCAGGCUAAAUUCAUUAAUUUUUGCCAAAUGGUUUGAGUUCAUUGGAUAGAAGUCUCUAUGGGUGUGUGAAAGAGUCUUUGCAUUAAAGAUAACAAUUGUCACUGACUUCCCUCUCCUCGGCUGCUGUUUUUUCCUCCUUUGUAGGUUGUCCUCCAUUUCUCUACUCAUUCCCUUUUGCUCUCUUGUCCUUCCUGUCUUUUCCUCUCACCCCGUGCUCUGUCACUGCGUUUGCUUUCUCUUUUGCAAAUGGAUCAAGUAGAAAAAGUAGUACCACGGCCACAUCUUUUUUCUUUUGGGGGAAAGACUCUCAUGGACUCCUGCAAAACAAUGUGUUUUGUUGGAAGGAACAGGGACUGCAGCAUUCAUAACUGGGAAGGACUGGAGGCAUGUUCUCUGGAGCUCCUGACUCCUUUCAUUUGCUGGCUUCUUCUUUGACCAUCUGACAGGAUGUCGGGGAAUGGGGUGGAAGCGGAGGGUGAGGCAACUCCAUUAAAGCAGAUGCCUUUUGUGACCUGUAAAUGUUUUGGGGUUUUUUUUAGUGGCAAUGAGCCCUGGUGUGUUGAAACAGGGCCAAGUCUGCAUGCUUUCCAAGCCAUCAGUAGUGAUGAUUCAAAUACAGAGCAAGGCUUCAGAACUAUCACAACAUGAAUGUGAGGAUAUUAAACAAACAAAAAAAGACAAAAACCCUGCACCUAUCUCUCCUCCUGAAUCUUAUUCAAUAUCUAUUUUUUUCAAAGGAAUUACUGAAUUGUUGGGAAAAAAAACCUUUUUUUUGCCCUAAAGAAAUGCACCCCUCCCCCCUCCCCGAGAAAGAAAUGAGACCCAAACCCACCCACUUGGGACUUAUCUGCUGCGGGUUUCUGUAGGACCCACACAAACUACUGCAAUGUGUUCCUCACUUGGGUCCGGGAAAGUGGCAAAAAUGGGAAAGGCAGGAAAAAGGGACCAAAUAAUAGUGACUCAAGGAGUGAAAUUGUAUUAAGCCACAAACAGAACUGGUGGUGGCCCCUGCCACAAGCUAGCCCCGAGGAAAGGGGCCGUCGCCAGGUGCAGGGUUGUACCUGUCCCAGGCUGCUGCAGCCGCUCUUGGCUUUUCCUCGUUGCUUCAAUUCUGUUUGAUUCUUUUUCUUUUUGUGCACAUGAGAAAUAAAAACAAAUUUUUUUUGUAUGUCA